AUGGCUUCUAUAAGAUUCUCCUCCAGCAUUUCGUCUCCAAUACGCCGGACAGGCUCUAUAUCCUCACUACAUGCUCGAUGCAGCUCGUUUUCAAUAUCAUACCAAUUCCCAGGAAUACAAUUGUCUCAGGUUCACACUCAAUCACAGCUAACGAAAUCACCACGACCGCCCACCUCGAAACCUCGCUCGACGAAAUCCCGAGCUCCAAAAUCCAAAAUCACUAGACCUAAAACCGUAUUAUCCGCUGAGGAAACCACUCCCGCGCUCGCGCUUCCCCUCACGAAUCUCCCCUACUUCAUCCGUCGCACGUCUUCGAACCAAUUCCCUGUAUAUCUUGAGAAAAGAGCUGGUGGAACUAAACUAGAGACCAGGCUGCAAAAAACAGAAGGCGACGUUGACGCGCUGCGCGAAGACCUGAUAAAGGCUCUGGGAAUGGAUGAGAAUCCCGCAGACGACGUGAAGAUCAACCGCCUAAAUGGACAUAUUCUUGUGAAUGGCUGGCGAAAAGCUGAAAUAUUACAAUUCCUCCAGGAUCGUAAAUUUUAG